AUGUCUACUACAUCUUUGAUUGGCAAUUAUAUCAGUCAUGAUCAAAAAAUAGAAAUUAUUAAAAAAUUAGCCAAGCAAUUAAAUGAAAGUAAUGAAAACGUUGAUGUCUUAGUGGAGUUUUUGCAUAAUGUACAACCUGAUUCAGAUACUUUCAAAUUAAUUGAAUCUUAUUGUCAAGACCAUUUGUUGGACGAGGAAUAUAAUGAGCAAAUUUAUAAAUUACUAAGUGCAUUACCAGAAUUGGAAUCAAAAGCUAUUGAGAAAAUCACUUCUUUAACUCAAAAUUACAUCGAUAAUCACAGGGUACAAUUUGAAAAUGAUUAUUAUCAGUUAUUUCAUUUAAAUGCCCAGAAAUCGGAUCAAGAAGUAUCGGAUGAAGAUAUCAGCUCGUUGUUUUCUUUGCUAGAUAUUAUUUUCAAAAAUGGUAAACAGGAAGUGAUAAUACAUAUGGAUAAAUUGAUUUUACUAUUACUUGGAUCGGAUGAAGAUGUAGUGUCAAAAGCUGCAUCAAAUUUAUUAAGAUGGAGAAUAAAUCUACUACUGAACGAUGCCGAUGCAUUUGAUUUGUGUUGGGAUGUCAUUUUCUUUUUAGUUGACUCAAAAGAUUCAUUAAAACAAUAUCAUGGAUAUGUAUUGUGGCUAAGAUAUAUAAACUCUAGUGAAAACCUAAAAGAGAAUCAAAAGUUUCAAACAAUUUUGGACCAAAAUAUAUAUUGGGGCAAAAUCCAAUCAAUAUUAGGUGAUAAAUGUCAUGAAUUAAGAAAAUAUGGAAUGUUCAUACUACAAAUGUCAAUAAAAUCUAUAAACUCAAACGUACAAAAUGAUUUUAUAAAAUGGGAUACCACUAAGUCACAAGACUACAUCAACGAAUGGGAAAGAUAUGUAACACUAUAUGAGGUUUUAGCAAUAGAUACGUCACUACAUCAAGCAAAAGCAGGGAUGAAUGAUAUUACAAAUUUAAUUUCACCACAAUCAUUAAUUUUACCAUCAUGGGGUUGGUGUUUAUUAUCAACUGGGUUUCAAGCUCCGAAUGAUUCAGUUAGGAAAUUUACAAUGAGUAUGUUACUUUCAAUUCCACUGAUAAAUUUGUAUCUCGUUAAAGAUGCAUUACAAGUUUUAGAAAAAACCCUUUUGCCUAAUUUGAUUAAUGCUCCUAAUUUUGACGUUAAGACUUUAAAUGGGAUUGUUGAGUGUCCGUAUGCAUACAAAUUAAAAGAUACAAUUAAAAACAUGGUCAUUAAUUUGGACGACCAGGAAGAUCUUCAAAAUAUCUCAUCAACUAUCCUUGGCUAUUUAGCAUCUCAUGGUCAUAAUUUUGGUCCAUCAAGAAUAUUGGUAUUACAUGGUGUACUUGAAGGUUUGAAUGGUAGAAAAGUUUUACAAUAUGGAGUUCAUGAUCAAUAUUUGUCAUCAAUUUUCGAAUCUAGCUGUGAAGGAGGAGUAUUGGAGACUUAUUUCCAAACCGUAAGCUUAAGACUUAUACUUAAUUUUGAACCAGAAUUGAAAAAUUCAUUGGCAUUACUUGAUAAAUUUUGUAAGUUUAAUGGACUUAAAGUACUCAAAGACAACAUUACUUUAUUCGAAGAAGUUACUAAAGCUGAACCUGUUGAUGAAGUUAUGAAACAGGACGGAAACGUCGAUCAAAAGAUACUUCUACUUGGUAUAACCACUCAAAUUAUGUAUUUGCCUGAGACUGAUUCUUUAUUAAUAGCCAAAUUAUUAGAGUCAGGGUUCAGAAAAGCUACUUUGAAAGCGAAUGAAGAUAGAUUGAGGAUGUUAGUGAAUUCAAAUGAUCCAGAAGUCAUUGAGACUCUUUCAAAUGUCGAUUACGAAAAAUUCACAUUUGCUGUUCCUAGUAAUGAUGCUAUUUCUAAGUUAUGGUCAGAAAUUGAGGUAGAUCUACAAUCAGGGAAUAUUGAAAUUUUAGAAAGAUCAUACUAUAAAUACAGAUUGUUUAACAAAUUGUAUAAACAUUCAUCAUUUGAGUUCAUAAACCCUAAACACGUAAUUGAUUUUCAUUCAAAGUUAUUAGCGAAUACCGAAGAUAUAACAAAGCAAGACAGAUUUUUUUAUAAAUUGAAAAGUAAGAUAGAUGGUGAAUAUUACAACUCACUAAGAAUUCAAUUCGAAAAACAUCCAACGGAUUUUGAUGAUGAAUUUAAGAUUUUAAAUCCAAAUACUUCAAGUUAUGAAGCUAAUCUUGCCAUGGUUGCAUUAAUCAAUAAUUACUUAAGUUCAGAGAAAUUCGUUCCAAAUAAUGUUUCUCAAAUUGUAUUAUUGUUAUCGGAAAUGUGGUCUAAUGUUGUCGAGAGCAGAUUGCUUUUGAAUCAACAAGACCUACAUUUACUGACAAUUAAAACUAUGUUAAACUCCAAUAUAAUUUUCAAUUUGGACUCUGACCACGAGAUAAAAAAGUUUUGUCAAUCUGUUAUAGAAAAUUCUGCAACAAGAAGAUGUUUCUUGCCUACUUUAAUUUCAAGUCUAGUGAAAGCUCAAUUGAACGACCAGGAAAAAUUCGAACAAUUAAACUGGUUACCGGAAGUACUUACAAAUGCUUCACUUGUUCGUUCUUCAUUAGGUUCAUAUUUCUUAUUAAUUGGUAUCAUGUCUCAAAUAUUUGAUGAUGAAGUUGCAUUAGAUAAGAAUACAAACAUAUAUAAAGAAGUUUAUGGUGAUGAAGAAAUAAGUGCAAGAAUUAACUUAUCAGCAAUAGUUAACUCAAUUCAACUGCCGGUUUUUUCACAAAGAAUAUACAAUUACAUCAUAGAUAAUCAAGCACAAUAUAGAUUUUUCCAACCAUUAAAAUGGAAUGAUCAUAAUGAAGAAUGGGAUAGAUUACAAUUAUACACUAUACUUACAUCCAUCAUUGAUAAAGUAGAUAUAGAUUUUAAUUUGAUUAAAGAAAGAUUAAAUAAAGAACAAAGUCCUUUAGUAAGAAUGUACAUUGAAUGGAUGAUUUCUUAUAAUAUGUUUAAGAGUCAAAAAUAUAUGGAUGCAUUAAUAGAAGACUUGAAGGUGAAUCUGAACUCACUAAAACCAGCAGUUGUUACGUCAUAUAUCAGAGCUUUAUUCUUAGCGGUUGUUCAGUUGGAUAAAGAUUUAAAAGUUAAAUAUUUACUCGAGCUUAUCAAUUUUGUCAUAACAGGUUGCUCUUCGCUGAGAAAAAUGAUUAGACAUUUUUCAUUAUCAUUAAUUAUAUCCAUCAGGAAUGAAAUAAAGAAAAAAAAUUCAGACGUUGACUCAAAUGUUCAAGGUAUCGUUGAAAACAUGUACGAAAGUGCCAUCAACUCAGAUAAUUUUAAACAUUUUAGAAGUGGUGAUGCACUCUUGUGGGAUAUUAUAAAAGACUUGAAUCUAGUUUCAUUAAAUGGUGGUAUUGUUUUAAGAUUAACAGAUCGAGAAGAUAUAGAUUUCAUCAACGAAGAACAAUUCAAACAAUACUUAUCAGACGAGCAAAUUAAAUUAUUAAGACAUCCAAUAGGUAAUGAUGAAACAGACAUAUGGAUCAAAGAAAAACUAAAUGAGAAAAAAGUAAUAAUGACUCAAGCUGAUCCAGUUAAUCAAAUUCCAUUACAAACUAAAAGUGGAGCAUUAACAACAGUAGAUAAUGAUCUAGACAUUAUAAGUUCCAAGAAGGAAGUAAACAGAAGUGAUCUAAUUGUUGUUUCUUCCUUAGUUGAUAAACCACCAAAUCUUGGAGGUAUAUGUCGUUUAUGUGAUGUCUUAGGUGCUGGUUUAUUAACGCUCCAUGAUUUGGAAGUGAAAAAUGAACAACCAUUUAAAUCAGUAGCUGUUACUGCUGAUCAAUGGAUGCCAAUGAUUGAAGUUAAACCUGAAGAUAUUAAAAAUUAUUUACAAGAAAAGAAAAAAGAAGGGUAUACUUUGAUUGGAUUGGAGCAAACUGAUAAAUCAAUUGUUUUAAACAGUGAAUUGAAAUUCCCAAAAAAAUCGUUGAUGUUGUUGGGUAAAGAAAGAGAAGGUAUUCCAGGCGAAUUGUUAGCAGAGUUAGAUUUUUGUGUUGAGAUAAAACAAGUUGGAAUUGUUAGAUCCAUGAAUAUUCAAACUGCGACUGCUGUUUUAGUUCAUGCUUAUUCUUCACAGCAUUGUUAA